AUGGGGCGGCUCCAUGGCGGGGUGAGCGGCGGCGUCGGGGCUUCGCAACGACUGUGGAGCCCACAGCCGCGUCAGUCGCAGGCUGAGCUCCGCACCGGCCAGCGCCUUGGCCAGCUGCUCGUUCCUAGGGCUUUUCAGCUCGGCGGCAGCGUCUCUGCGGGGCCGGGCAGACCGGGAGGUGGAGAGAAAGAAGAGAGAGAAGAGAGAGGAGGCAGCGGCGCAGCUGAGCGGCCACCGCCACCGCCACCGCCGCCUCCACCACCAGCGAGCCUGGGCCGGGCAGGGCGCCGAGCGGGCCGUCUGAGGCGCAGGCCGGAGCGGGCCCGGAGGGGCCCAUGGCGAGCGACAAGCCGGUCCGGCCCGGGGCUCAAGCCUCAGCCCGUGGAGCCCAUCGCCGUCGGGGCCGGCAGCGGAGGCGGUGGCGAUGGCGAUGGCGGCGGCAGCGGGAUGGCGGGGCUGAUGGGGCGUCCGGCUCCGACUCCGGCUCCGGUUCCGCUCCCCGCGGGGACGAGUUACCUUUCGGUGCAGAUCCGCAACUUCCGGAUGAAAUUCGCAGGUUGGACUCCUGCAGGUCGGACAGGUCGGCAGCAGGGACAUCGUGGAGAUGGUGCUCUACCUGGUAAGGGAAAAGGCGUCCCCAGUGUCCCCCACCCCAUCCUCGGUCCCCAGCGCCCCCUGUCCCCCCUGCACCCGGGGUCACCCGGGGUCAGCCACGCCGCGCGUCCCCGGGAGCACGGCUCGCCCCGCGGGUGCUGCCCAGCGGGUGACCUGCCCGCGCUGCAAAGCCAGGCCACCGUGCGUCCUCUGCUCGGUCCUCUCCUGCACCUGAGCAGUGCCCAGCUCCACAGCGCUGCUCAUCCCUUCUCCUCCUUGGCUGCCAGUAAAUCGCCUAAAAAGGUGUGGGUGAGCUUUCGAGUUUAGUUAGGGGCUGAGGGGACAGACCUCUGGUUCCCGGGCUCCUUCUCCCCUACUCUCUAAUUGUCCGUGGUGUCGCCCUCCUGUGAUGACAACCUUGUUCCUGGAACCUAAGUUCCCCUGUGCUGCUGAAAUGUGAGAAGCACAUUAGCUCUGACCUGAGCGGCUGGGGUGUGAUGUUUCCAGGGAGAAAGGAAAGCGAUGCAAUUUUCAUCUGUCUUUGAAUAUAUUCCGAGGCUGUGAUAAGAGUGUUGUGCAGGACCCACCCACGACCCCCGUCUCUUAGACAGCCUUCCCUUCUGUGUAAUAUUGCCCCGAAUAUGUUGGUCUCUUAAGUCAUUUUCUUUUUCUAUGCACACAGGUGUUAAAGGUGAGGGCAUCAAAUCAUACAGGUUGGUUUCUGUGGUUGCCUUCAGGAGAGUGACUCAUGGAUAAGACUAAAGGAAAGAUAUUAAAUGCAGUCUAGGUUUUGGUUUCUUUCAAGGAAAACUGAAAGAAAGCUGGAACUAACAGCAGUGGUGCCCUGAGACAUGAAUUAGGUAAUGUCUGUGGUUUAUGAGCUUUUUGAAUUCACAGAAAAGUUGAAGCUUUUUAUUUUUCCUUUUUUGCCAGUGUUUCACGUCAAAACUAGGAGUUUGUCUUUACUUUGCUAUAUUUAUUACUGUUUAAGUGCAACACACCAUUUUCUAAUUUUGUAUACCUCACCAAAUAAGUCACUAUAAAGUCAGUGUAAGUUUGGAAGAAUGUCACCCUUUAAAUAGUACCAGUUCUUUUCAAAGUGUUCAAAGAAAUAUAAUUUUUUGGGGGGAGGAGUGUUUGUUUUAACUAGUUGCCAAUACUUGCCUUUUUUGCUUUUUAAAGGAAAAGAUGAAAUCUCAAAAAUGUUACCAUAGUAGCUGGUAUUGUAUUUCCAUAUAUUUAAAGGAACACAUUUUAAGUUUUUUCUCACUUUUUCUCUAACCAAUAUCAUUUUUACUGUAGAUGAUGUGGUAAUUGUAUUUGUAUGUUUACUUAGUUCAUCAUAGCUCGGUAAGAGGCAGUAGACGUAUCACAAGCUGGAAAGUGAUUUGAAUGUGUA